GUGCCCGCCGCUGCCACCGCCCUGCGCACCCGGGGGGCGCCCGGCCCGAGCCCCAGGGCUUCGGGGUGCGCCUCGGUUCGAGUGGCGGCGGUUGCAGAGCAGGAAGGCAACACACACACACGCGCACACCCGCGCGCGCGCACCGCCGGCGGCGGCGGCGGCCGGAGCGAACUGAGCGAGCGGGAGAAGAGGAGGAGGCAGAAAAAGGCAACUUCAGACGGAAAGUUGGUGCGAACUGGCGCAGUCUGCAAAAACGGAAAAGUCGAUCGCGGGCGGCGGUGGCAUAAAAGUGUGAGCGGCCCCGGCGAGCGAGCGAGCGAGCGGGCGGCGGCGGCGGCUGGCUCUGCCCUCCGGGUGGCCGCGCCCGCGGCAGCCACAGGUGCGAAGGGGCUCGCGGGAGGCGCCAGGGCGCCCUGCGCACCCGCCCCCGCCCCCACCCCCGGCUCGGGACUCCAGCUCAAGUCACUUGGCGCCCUCGUUCCCUCCCCAGCCGCAGCCGCAGCGGGGGGAGCGGAGCGGGCAGGAGCGGCUGGUGCGCGCCCGCCCAGGGGAGUUGGGGUUCGCAGGGGGUUGUUUUCGGCUCUGAAGAGGUCCCCGCCCAACCUUCAAAAUUUUGUCCAAAAGCAGACAAGAGGAUCGCCCGGCGCUGAGCCGGCUGGUGGGCAGCAGGAGGCGCCUGAUCGCCGCCGGGGCGCUGGGGGUGGUGAUGGUGCUUCUGCUGGUCAUCCUCAUCCCGGUGCUGGUGAGCUCGGCCGGCACGUCGGCGCACUACGAGAUGCUGGGCACCUGCCGCAUGGUCUGCGACCCCUACGGGGGCACCAGGGCGCCCAGCACGGCCGCCACGCCGGACCGCGGCCUCAUGCAGUCCCUGCCCACCUUCAUCCAGGGCCCCAAGGGCGAGGCCGGGCGGCCGGGGAAGGCGGGCCCGCGCGGGCCCCCCGGUGAGCCCGGGCCGCCGGGUCCCGUGGGGCCCCCGGGCGAGAAGGGCGAGCCGGGCCGCCAAGGCCUGCCGGGCCCGCCCGGGGCGCCCGGCCUGAACGCGGCCGGGGCCAUCAGCGCCGCCACCUACAGCACGGUGCCCAAGAUCGCCUUCUACGCCGGCCUCAAGCGGCAGCACGAAGGCUACGAGGUGCUCAAGUUCGACGACGUGGUCACCAACCUCGGGAACCACUACGACCCGACCACCGGCAAGUUCACCUGCUCCAUCCCGGGCAUCUACUUCUUCACCUACCACGUCCUGAUGCGUGGAGGGGACGGCACCAGUAUGUGGGCUGAUCUCUGCAAAAACAACCAGGUGCGUGCUAGUGCCAUUGCCCAAGAUGCUGAUCAGAAUUACGACUAUGCCAGUAACAGCGUGGUUCUUCAUUUGGAACCAGGAGACGAAGUCUACAUCAAAUUAGAUGGCGGGAAAGCCCACGGAGGAAACAACAACAAAUACAGCACGUUUUCUGGAUUUAUUAUUUAUGCGGACUGAUAAUGCAGGAAUCAAGCUUGCGAUUCUGAGUUUUGAACACUGGAUUCCUGUGGCUCACGUCAGUGAAUCAAGGACCCCAGGGGAUGCCAAUGGCAGGGCACCUCGGUUGUGUAUAUGUGGGGAAAUCAAAUGCUACCUGACUCACAUCUGUACCGCUCAGAAACAUGAUGUAAAAAAAAAAAA